UCAACAAAAACACUAAAAAAUAUUGAAUAAAAAGUUGAAUUUUAUAAGAGAAAAUUCCACUUUGUUUCUCUUAAAACAAACCAAUAACCCAAAUAAAUUCUGAGUUUCCUCUAUAUAAAAAAUCACAAGGAAGAAAACCAAAAUCUUGUCGAAGAUGAGCCAAGAGAAACAACCACAAAGACCUAGCCAAGACGAACUAGAGUUGAUCAAAUACGGUGAUAUUUUCUCAAUUGUGCAAAACAAUUUGAAGCAAGCUAUUCAGGGUGUUUGUGAUGGGAAAAGUAAGAGUGAGUGUGAAAGAAGAGCAUCAGAAAACAAAGAACAACACCCAAUAACAAUAGGGGAGGCCCUUCAAGCAACGGUAUUAACAGCUGGUGAGAAGGCGGUGGAUCGAAGUGAUGCUGCAGCCAUUCAGGCGGCUGAGGUUAGAGCCACCGGUCAAACCAACAUCAUGCCUGGUGGACUUGCUGCCACUGCUCAAUCUGCAGCGCAGAACAAUGCUAAAUCCACUACUAAGGGGAAGACUACCAUUGCUGAUAUUCUCUCGGAAGCAGCAGCAAAAUUACCAAAAGAUAGGGCAGUGACACGCCAAGAUGCAGAAGGGGUGAUGGGUGCUGAACUCAGAAACAACCCUAACAUAAGCACAUACCCUGGUGGUGUUGCUGCUUCUGUGGUGGCAGCUGCUAGGAUUAACCAAAAGAAUGAGCAGCUUAAAAAAUAAAAAGACUCCUCUAAAUAUGAUUUUGGGAUAUAAUUUCCUGUGGUUUUUGUUUUUCCAUGAUAAUUAAAUGCUUCAAAUCUCUCUUUACGUAAUAUUAACAGUUUUAGAUUAGAAAUUAAUGUUCAAGUGUUUCUAGCUUGAACUAAUUAAGGACCUCUGAUGAAGAGGCAGUUGUAAAUACAGAAUAACAAUUUGAUUAAGAGCUUCAAUAUAUAUACUUGUAA